AUGGUGAUGUCUGGCCUGCACCAUCUGAGCUCGAGCUUCAACAGGAUUGAGGCAACCCAGACUUCGCAUGUCUUCCUCGAUCUUUUCGGCACGCUGAUUUUUCCUGCUUCACCCAUUCAUAUUCGCUAUAAUCAUAUUGCUCGAUCUAACGGCUUCAGUGGCUUUGACGUGAGUGCGAAGAACUUCAAAACAGCUUUCAAAAAAACCAACCAAGAAUUCCCAAAUUAUGGCAAAAACUGUUGGGUCCCAUUGUCCAAUAAUCCGGAAGGAAGUGUGAGGAUGUCGCCAAAGGAUUGGUGGUUGAAAGUGGUAAAAGGUACCUUUGAAGACUCCUUGAACUCUCAAGAGAAAAAAUCUCUCACAACAGAACUUAGGGAAAUCGACAAAAUUUCGGAACUCAUUUAUGAAGAUUUCCUGACGAAUGAGAACGAAAAGAUAUACAAAACCUACGAUGAUACUUUGGAUUUUAUAAACUAUUUGUUAAGAGAGAAGAUUGGUUUUAGCAUCCUUACCAACUCAGAUCCUAAGAUUCUGGAUGCUCUUCCACCGAGAUUGAAAGAUUUACUGUCAUCGAAAGAUCGAAAAACAUCGGAGUCAAACGCGUUCACAAGCUGGGAUAUCGGGUUUGCAAAACCUGAUACAAGAAUCUGGGACUCUGCAAUUCGUCAAUUGAAUUUAAGCAAAUCUAAUGAUCGUUUAUUACACGUGGGCGAUGACUUUCACGAGGAUUUCCUAGGUGCCAAAUCCGCUGGUAUAUGUUCGAUAUGGUUAGAUAGAAAGGAUAAUGAUCGAAAAAUUUCAAAACCCAUCGAAAACAAGAUUGAAAAUUAUGAAUUCCAGGGAAAUGAAAGAGUUCGCUCUCUCAAUGAACUGAUUGGUCAGCUUUAG